GAGAGAGAGAGAGAGAGAGUCCAUACGCAAGGCAGCAAACGUCAAGAGAAGACUGCCGAAGCGAAGCACCGCUACUUCUUCUCUUGAGAGGAGAGCGGCAGAGAACCACAAGCUAUCUCCAUCUGUGCGUGAGCGUGCCUGCGCGAGGCUGUUCAUCACCGGUACACGCAUACGCUGGUGGAAUCCCAGCUGUGCUAGCAUUAGCUGAGGAUCUGUGCUGUGUCUUCCAAAAUGCUUAACAAUCUCACUGAAUGUGAAGAAGGUGAUGGGGGACCCAACAGUCAGGGAGAUGCAGCGUCCAAGGAGAGCAGCCCUUUUAUCAACAGCAGCACCAGUGAUGUGGAGAAAAGCCAGCAGUAUGAUGGGAAAAAUAUGGCCUUGUUUGAGGAGGAGAUGGACACCAGUCCCAUGGUUUCGUCUCUGCUGAGCAGCCUCGCCAACUACUCCAACCUGACACAGGGCAGUAAAGAACAUGAAGAGGCUGAAAACAACGAGGAAGCGCGCAAGAAACCUGUGCAGGCUCCACGUAUGGGCACCAUUAUGGGCGUUUACCUGCCAUGUAUGCAAAACAUUCUGGGUGUCAUCCUGUUCCUCAGAAUGACCUGGCUGGUGGGCGUCGGAGGUGUGCUGGGCACCUUCUUGAUCGUCUUUAUGUGUUGUUCUACGACUAUGCUGACUGCAAUCUCAAUGAGUGCAAUUGCCACCAAUGGAGUUGUGCCAGCCGGAGGAUCCUACUACAUGAUCUCUCGUUCACUCGGGCCCGAGUUUGGCGGGGCAGUUGGUAUAUGUUUCUACCUGGGUACCACUUUUGCUGGAGCCAUGUAUAUCCUGGGGUGCAUCGAAAUCCUGCUGAUCUACAUUGUGCCAGCAGCCGCUGUAUUCAAAAUGGAAGGUCUGGAGGGAGCCGAAGCCGAGGCUGCGUUGUUGAAUAACAUGCGCGUGUAUGGCACCAUCGUGCUCUCCUUCAUGGCUGUGGUUGUCUUUGUCGGUGUAAAGUACGUCAACAAGUUGGCUCUUGUGUUUCUCGCUUGCGUCGUUCUCUCCAUUCUCGCUGUCUACGCGGGGGUCAUCAAGACAUCUUUUGACCCACCAGACUUUCCGGUCUGCUUACUCGGAAAUCGAACUCUCAUGUCAAAGUUCUUUGAUGUUUGUGCCAAGACUGUACAACAAGGAAAUGCAACAGUCACCACCAAACUCUGGAGGGUCUUUUGUGAUUCAGAGUUUCUGAAUGCCACCUGUGAUGAGUACUUUACCAACAAUAACAUCAGUCAGAUCCAGGGAAUACCUGGAGUCACCAGCGGAAUCAUGGCAGAGAACCUCUUUAGCACCUUUAUGGAAAAAAAUUCUUUCUUAGAGAAACAAGGUCUGUCGGCGGUGCUUGACCCUGACUCCGCAAGAACCAACUCGAACCGUUAUGUCCUGGCAGAUAUAACCAGCUUCUUCACCCUGCUGGUUGGCAUCUACUUUCCCUCUGUCACAGGUAUCAUGGCUGGGUCCAACCGUUCUGGUGAUCUGCAGGAUGCUCAGAAGUCAAUUCCUGUUGGUACCAUCCUGGCCAUCGCAACCACCUCCUUCAUCUACAUGUCUUCUGUGUUUCUGUUUGGAGCCUGUGUGGACGGAGUCGUUUUGAGGGACAAGUUUGGGGAAGGCGUCAAUGGUAACUUGGUUAUUGGUACCCUGGCAUGGCCCUCACCUUGGGUCAUUGUGUUUGGCUCCUUCUUCUCCACCUGUGGGGCGGGGCUUCAGAGUUUAACAGGAGCGCCCCGCCUCCUUCAAGCCAUCGCCCGAGAUGGAAUCAUUCCUUUCCUUAGGGUGUUUGGACAUGGCAAAGCUAACGGCGAGCCUACGUGGGCUCUCCUCUUGACGGCUUGUAUCUGUGAGAUCGGCAUCCUCAUUGCAUCCUUGGAUGCCGUUGCACCCAUUCUCUCUAUGUUCUUUCUUAUGUGCUAUAUGUUUGUAAACCUGGCUUGUGCGCUGCAGACUCUCCUCAGAACCCCUAACUGGAGGCCACGCUUCAAGUUUUAUCACUGGGCUUUGUCACUCUUGGGUAUGAGUUUGUGUCUCACCCUGAUGUUCCUGUGUUCUUGGUAUUAUGCCAUUGUUGCCAUGGUGAUCGCUGGCUGCAUCUACAAAUAUAUCGAGUUUUGCGGGGCAGAGAAGGAAUGGGGUGAUGGGAUACGAGGCAUCUCUCUUAGUGCUGCCCGAUUUGCCCUUAUGCGGCUGGAGGAAGGUCCACCUCACACCAAAAACUGGAGGCCACAGAUUUUGGUGCUUAUGGGCUUGGAUGGGGAACAGAACGUGGAGCAUCCUCGACUUCUGUCCUUGACCAAUCAGCUAAAAGCAGGGAAAGGUUUGACCAUCGUGGGGGCUUGUGUGGAGGGCACCUACUUAAACAACCAACCUCUAGCACAGAAAGCAGACCAAUCUCUGAGGAAGCUGAUGGAUAGCGAGAAGGUGAAGGGAUUCAGUCAGGUGGUGAUUUCUUCCAACUUGCGAGAUGCCACCUCACACUUGAUCCAGGCAGGAGGUCUUGGUGGCCUUCGCCACAACGCAGUACUGAUCAGUUACCCCAAAAACUGGAAGCAGGCUGAGGAACAUCACAAGUGCAGGAACUUCAUUGAGGUGGUACGGGAGACCACUGCAGCAAGUUUAGCCCUGAUGGUGCCAAAGAACAUUGCUGCAUAUCCAUCAAAUGGCGAGCGUUUUACUGAGGGUCACAUUGAUGUGUGGUGGAUUGUUCACGAUGGAGGCAUGCUUAUGCUCCUACCCUUCCUUCUGCGCCAGCACAAGGUGUGGAGGAAGUGUAAGAUGCGCAUCUUCACCGUGGCCCAGAUGGAUGACAACAGCAUUCAGAUGAAGAAAGAUCUAAUGACGUUCCUCUAUCACCUCCGUCUCGAUGCUGAAGUGGAGGUGGUGGAAAUGCAUGACAGUGAUAUCUCAGCCUACACUUAUGAAAAGACCCUGGUGAUGGAGCAGCGAUCGAAAAUCCUCAAGGAGAUGCACCUCACCAAGAACGAGCGUGAGAGAGAGAUUCAAAGCAUCACAGAUGUUUCUCGUGGAUCUAUUCGGAGGAAGAACCCUUCGAACCUGCACGCGCAGAGGAGCAUCACUGAGGAAUCGGUGGCAGAAGGUGGCGAAGAGAAACCUGAGGAAGAGGUGCAACUCAUUCAGGGACAAAAUGCCACUCCCACUAGCCCCACCUCCCCAACCUCUCCCACCCCAGAGGCCAUAAGCCCCGAUGAGGAUCUUCAGAUGAGCUGGACGGAUGACACAGAGAAGAUCAAUAACCCAGCAGUGGUCAAUCCAGAAACUGUAAAGGACAUGUUUAACAUGAAACCUGAAUGGGAGAACUUGAAUCAGACCAAUGUCAGACGCAUGCACCAUGCACAGAAGCUCAAUGAGGUCAUCGUGAAGAAGUCGCAAGAUGCUAAACUUGUUCUGCUGAACAUGCCUGGUCCACCAAGAAACCGCACUGGAGAAGAAAACUACAUGGAAUUCCUUGAGGUCUUGACCGAUGGUCUCAACAGGGUCCUCCUCGUACGUGGAGGAGGACGUGAGGUCAUAACCAUCUACUCCUGAGGGGCUGAGCUCAUCCACCAAAUACUCGUAACCUCUCGUCCCUCACUGCAUAGACGGGCAUCCCAGUCACCUUUACCUACACCAUGAGCAAUAACGCCCCAGCACAUAUCAGAUGACUUUGCACUACAUAGCCUAAGAGCUCUAAAAAGACACCAGCUUAGCAGAUGUCACUUCUUCCACAUUCUCAGUUACAUUUAAUCUCAUGUUUUUGUCUUGCCAUCUUGGCUUAUCUCUCACCUCAAUGUAUAUAUUACACAGAUCAGUACAAGAUUGAUUUGAUCUAAUAACCAAUUCCUAAAUGAUAGAUAUUUAAAUGUUAAGGAGCGGUCACUCUGAAUUUUGAACAUGCAAAACAACUCGAAAUUUGUAUUCCCACCCCUAAUUGUGAUAAUAUAUAAUCACUGUCAUUCAUAUGCACAUGAAUGAAAGUUAAUUUCAUUACAAAUGUACCGUGACCGCCCUAUUAGGCUUUAUAUAGCAAAUCACUUUGACCUAUACCGUCACUGCAUUGUUCAUCAUAGGGUAAAUAGAAUGAGUUAAAUAUUUCUUUGUUGAAAACAGUCUUCCAGUGCACCACGUAAUUGUCCGAGGUGGGUUUCUGCACCAAGGACAUAACUGACCAGGGUUUAUUGUGAGCUAGGUGUGAGCACUCAGAGGUCAUCCAUUUGUAUCAGUCGCUAUCAGCUUUGCCCUUGUACAUUUGCAUGUCCUUUCACUAUAUCAGCCUUUUAAGAGUCAUAUACAGUAGAAGAGUACAGAAGCGUGUGCGCGUUUGUAUUGACGUAUAGGGUAUAACAGAAUUUUUAAUAGAAGAAGAUGACUUUGUUUUACUGAUAUGUUGAUUUAGUUCAUGGGUUAUAUAAUUGCAGGUACAUUUGGUGUCCAAAAUCAUUAUUUUUUUCUAUUUUUUUAAAUGGUUAUGUUUUUGAUUAUUAAGAGUAACAGUGUUGACGCUGAGAAAGAGGGAGAGAGUGUGUGUGUGUGUGUGUGUUUCUCUGUGUAUGACUACCAGUACAUACUGUCCCAACUGUUACUCUAUCUCGAUAACAGAGACUGACGGUAACAAAAUUGACACUGACCAAUUCGGACAAUAGGAAAUCAUGAUUUUUUUAGCUAUAAGACACUUUUUACAGAAAAUAGUAUUUUAGUUAUGCACUGUAAAAAAGAGUUGUUGGUUCAACUUAAAAAAGUAAAGGUCCCUGCUGCCUUACAAUUUUGAGUUACUUUAACCUAAAGGGGACAUAUCAUGAAAAUUUGACUUUUUUAAGUGCUAUAAUUGGGUCCCCAGUGCUUCUAUCAACCUAGAAAAUGUGAAAAAGAUCAACCCAGUAUCUUAGUUUUGGUAAACCAUUCUUUGCAAGUAUGUAAAACAUUUUUUAUUGAAAUUUGGCUCCCCUUGUGAUGUCAGAAGGGGAUAAUACGCCCCUUAAUCUGCACUAUCCAACCACAGCACUGCCAUUUAGUGCAGAGAUCAACUCAUUUGCAAUUUAAAGGACACAUGCAAAAACGGCACAUUUUUGCUCACACCUACAAAGUGGCAAUUUUAACAUGCUAUAAUAAAUUAUCUAUAUGAUAUUUUGAGCUAAAACUUCAUAUACGUAAUCUGGAGAAACAAAAGAUUUAUUUUACAUCUUAAAAAUUAGAAAUGUCCCCUUUAAAAAUAUUAGCUGACAUAACAUUUUUACUAAGUUAACCAAUAUUUUUAAGUUUAAUUAACUCAAAAUUUAAGGCAGCACGAACACUUACUUUUUUAAGUUGAACCAACAAAUCUUUUUUUUUACAGUGUGGCCUGUAACAUCUUGACAAUGACCAAAUUAUUAAAAUAGUUCAAAAUAUAAUAUAUUUUAAAAAAGCUGAAAAAAUUAUGAUUUUGGACACCAAAUGUACCUGCGAUUAUUUAUUCACACCAUGACAGUGAUAAAACAUCAGUAGACACAAAUGAUUUUGCUCAGUCCACAUACUUUUUGUGUACAUACUGUGGUAAAUGAGUGUUGUUUAAAUGAGUACCUGCUGUAUAUUGAAAACCCAUAUACAGUUUAAAUAUCCACUACAGAUAUAAUCCCAAAUAAUCUUAUUUAAAUAGUAAAAUAAAUAUAGCGUAAGGGAAUGUAAAUAAAAAACAGUAUUUAUAUUUAAAUAUUUAUUUACAAAGAAAAUUAUUUAUUCCUUCAGUUUUUGAUUGAUCGUAAACGUGGUCCAAACAUGAUAUUGACAUCUCUUGCCAAAUUAUAAAAUGUGAAUUGUGCCAUAUAAAAAUCGAGAAGAAAAAACAUUGUUAUUUUUACAUUUUCAUAUAUAUGUAAAGGACAGUGCUGGGUAAGAUAAGUUAUAACAUAUUAAGUGAUAUCACGUGUCUUCGUAAGCAGAUCUAGUUUUAAUAACAAAGAACUCUUUCAUCAUAUCAAAUUUGUGAACAAAGACAUAUUUUAACUACAUAAUAUUUUAAAAGCAUAUCACGUCUAAUGUUUGUCAUAAAAUGAUUGUCAUUUAUUUUCUACAUUUGUAAAGAAGACAAUAAUUUGCUACACGUAAGCAUCAUCUGUGAGGGACUGAUGCUGACUGUUUUGUUCACAAGCACGGGAUAUUUAGUUCAUGUGUGGUAGAAAUAGAUAAAGAUAUUUAAAAACAUUUAUCUAAAAAUAAAAAAGUAUUUUAUUUUUUUGUAAAAUUGCAACGAUGAAAAAAGAAAUAUAUUACAUUGCUGAAUAGAUUAGUAAAAUAUCGUCUUGUGUAAAUGUGAGAUUUAAAAAAGAAACUAACUGUAUGUUUUAAAGUUUAAAAUCAAAUUAUGCUGAGGUUGCUGCUACCUUCAUUAAAGUGUAAAUAUGUUGCAUACUUGUCCCCAAAAUAUAAGGCUGAUAUAAAAUACAGCAAAGAUUAUUUAUAAUUUUUUUCUUUUAAAAUGAAACAAAUUGCAUAUUUUACAGGGUUUGUGUAGUUAGUGACAGAAGGUAUUUUACUGGCAAGAAGUCACUGUCAGUCUGUCCUGAUAUAAUUACAGCAUAUUUCAUCGUACCUCAUAUGUUGUCGCAACAAAGUGCCCACUUUGUUUUGUAGAAUGGUUGUGCUCUAUAGAUGAUCAUUAUUUGCAAUUAUUCUUUACAAAGUAUACUUCCUUAUACAGUAUGCUAGUUAUGCUCACAACCAACUAAUAAUUUGAUCCAAAACAAGAAUUGCGAAGAAAGUGCCACCUAUCGUAAUUCUUCAUUUCAUUGCUUAUGUUUCUAGCUAAAAUGAUGAUCUUAUCUAAAGGAUAUAUUUGCAUUGCUGUAAGUAUUUACAACCAACAAAAGGCACGUUUGGCUUCUUUGGAGUCCUAUGCAAUUACAGUAUAAUAAGUUAUUUGAGGGACUUUCUAUUGAAUUGUUUAUAGAAGUUUAAGUAUUAUAAAUCAGAGCUUCCAAUACCUGCCAGGGUGGCUUGCAGUUCAGUUACACGAUUAUUAAGUAAUGCAAAGGAACACAUGCUGGGACAACGCAGAGAUUUGGCCAUAUUGGCCAUAUGACGUCCCGUUUUUCAUGAAAUUUAACAUUUGAAUUGAAUCCGCAUUGACGCUAAGGGCUUUCGAUAUCAUUUUAUCAGAUCCGUCUUAUCCUUUCCCAAGGCUUUAGAAAAAGUGUCACAAACCACAUGUAGCAUGUCGUUCCUUAUCUCCCUAUCUCAAAGGGACGGUAAGCAAAAAAGUCACCCCGAAUUGGCCAAAGCAUAACUAGAAAUAAGCACUGUGAAAUUCAGUCACAUUUUAUUUGUCUAUAACUGUUGGCGAUGUAUAUCCGUAUCAUUAUUGUUCUUGUCGUGAAAUGAGCAUUGUAGUAGGGGAAAGUGACGUAAAUGUCAAGGUACUUUCGAAUCCAUGUAGUUCCUAUUGCUUUUUAUGCAACGAUGACUUGUUUAACUAUCCUGCAACAGUGGUUUACUGGUAAACUAGUCGACUAACAGGGCUUAAAAAUGAACCAGCUUACUGAACUAGAUUUUUAAGGAUUCGCAGGUGUUUCUGAAGGUGCUAUGUUUAUUUGAGAGAAUUUUCAAAUGCAAUACGAGACGGCUGUGGACUUAGCACAUGAAGGCCUUUUAAGCCAACUUUAAUUAGGUAUCCAAUUGAAAACUUUAAGUUAUCAUGGUUGCUCAUGUGUUAGGUGAGGCGGAAGGAGCUUUAGGAGUAGAUCGAUCGGAUAAGGUUUAUGAUCAUUCAUCCAGGCAUUUUCUCCGUACCUGCUUUCCUAUUCCAGCAUGUUGGCGUUAAAACCGAUGGUCUAUAUCCAGGUCUCAACUCAAUAAUGCUUUUUUCUAAAUGUGCGUCUUCGGAUAUUUCCCAGCAGCAUGCGCAAGAACAGAUUUAUUUACAGUCAGCAUUUCAAAUGUAUCCGUAAGUGAGCUGUGGCACAUUUUGUAUGGAGGUCGUCGAUCGUGAUCAAAGACGGUCUUAUGUUUUCUGUUCUCACUACUUGGAUUCAGACAGGGAAAGAGGUGGCGUGUUUCUGUAUGUGUAUGUAUAUGACCGUAUGUGACAUAUCACUCCAGGAACAAGAGAGGUUAAACCUUGGUAGUUACUUUUGUAAAUAUAUGACACAUUAUAGUUAUCUUAGCCUAGCUGUUUAAUUUGUGUGUCCAUGCAAGUUUAAUAUUUUAAAAAAUAAAUAGAAACUGUGUCUCAAUUGUGUUAUAUGAAAUAUAUUUAACUAGAUAUCUUGAAUUAUUGUUUUACCUUGUCAAAUGCUUCUAUGUUCUAUGAAUAAUGGCUUCUCAGAACCAUUUUAUAGACUUGUCUGCACAAAAUGCAAUAAAGUCCAAGUCAUUUAUUACAACUA